AUGACUGAUUUAGCUAACGUGUACCAGCUUUUCCGGAAUAAGUUUGAAGAGUGUGAUUUCCGAUAUUACGCCCCUCCAUCGUACAUUCUAACCUUCACCGAAAGCCACGAAAAGAUCAUAUUUGCCUUCAAACGGGUUCGUUGGAUUGUUAAGGAUAUAAAACAUUACCCGGAUAUGGAUGUGUCGAAAGAUCUAAACGUUACCGGAUCGCCGUUAAAAGACACCAGCUACGUUGAGGACGCCGAUCUGUCGAAAGAAUUGAUUGAUUUGCGUCCCGAGCAAUGCUGGACGCCGGAGGAGGAUAACUACGGCCCGCUGUCCACGGAGGAAGCCCGUUCCAUACUGCAGAACUUUAUCAAUCUGGAUUGUCGUAUCGGACGCGGUAACAUAUGGGUGCUCUGCUGUGGGACCGACACAGACCAAACGGUUCUGCUGCAGUUAACGGCCAACUGCGCCUCCCAGGAGCAGCGUAAAUUUAUUCGCGGCGUCGUUCGCUGCACAGGGGUGCAACCAUCCAGCUCCCUGUCGAUGGCGCAGCUUAUCUCCAUCCACCGCCAGCGGGCCGGAACCGGGAUGAAGUUUAACCCAAAAAUCACCGUUCAGCAGUGGUACAGCUUGUCCCCGUAUGUUAACAUUCGCCUAAGCUGGCACACGAUGGGUGAGAAUGCGUCCUUUGCCAUCGAGCGAAAUGCGCGCGUACGUUUGAGCCAGCGAUUCCCAAUUAACAACGGCGCCUUCAGCCGACUGUCCGUUGCUGAGUACUUCUGGCAGCAGUUGCAGCGACUGGCACUCUUUAGGGAAAAGAUUUUGGACAUCCGCGCUAACCGAGUGUCCGGCUACGCGUCCAACGACUUGAGUAACUCGGGCAUGAUGGAGGUUGAUCUGGAGUACGUGAAGCAAAAGGUGAACAACAUCCUGUCGACGUUUUCGGCCGAAGAACCGACGUCCUUCAAUCAGGCCUCCAUUGCCAACAUGGUCCAGCAGGUGCAGCAACGUAACCUCACCGACGUCAUGGAGCGGCUCUACGAGACAUUAACGCUGUGUUCCAGCUACGAGGAUUUGAAGGCAUCAAUCGACUACAUCUUUCAUCUGUCGACGCACUCAAACAUUGUGAAUGUGCCAACGGAUGGGACACGCUUCGCACGGUUGAUCCUAGCGAUGAUCCAGGACCGGCUGGCCAUCCCGUCACUAACCGGACCGGAACCGUACGAGUUGCUGCUCGAGUGUGGCUUUAGCAAGCUGAUGAACGACUACCGGACGAUCUUCUCCGAGUGCGGGAUUUACGAGCUGGAGUUUGAGAAGCUCUUCCAGCCGCAGGUGACAAACACACGCAAGUCCCGGUAUGCGGCCGGUACGGUGACGACAGUGGAACCGCUCAAAGGCAAGGUUAGCUCGAUGCUAUUCCAACCGACGGUGGACGAACGGACGCGGGAGAAAUCAAUCCUGUUGAGCAACUUCGACGAGGAAGAAGUGAAGCUCAAACUGGACCGGUUGGCGCAGGUCCAUCUGUUGCUGGAACAUCUGCUGCUGCUGGAGAGUGUCGUGAAUGUUCCGUCGAUGUAUGGGCGCGUGUGCGAGCUGUACAUGAACCGGGAGGCGUGUGGUUACAACGACGUAUAUAACCGGGACAGCGAUCUGCUCGAGUUCGAUGUGGAAGAGUUUAAGCUACUGGCGCAAGCGGAAAAGCUGACCCCACAUGCUCAACGCGUGUCGAUGGGUUCGGCCAAUCUGCUGCAGAAACUCGACACCGUGUUUUACCAGAACGCGCAACCGAUUCUGCCGAAGCAGUUCUAUCCGCAGUUCCAGAACGACGACACGGAUCUGGGUGAAAUAUUCUGGUGUUACGAGUACGAUAAAAUCGAACGGCUUUGA